AUGUCGUUUCUUCGACCCAUGAUGCGCACACGUAUCUUGAACGCCUCACGCCCACUUUCGCGGCAAGUACGAGCGGUGCAUUCUACAACGCCCGUCUCAAAACCCAUUGCAGAAAGAAUCACCCACAAUCCCGCACUGCACUGCGCCACCUGCCCCUUUACAGCACACGAACGUGUCUACCUCAAAGCGCCUCUUACCGGAGGACCAUUCCUGCCAGACGACAAAUUAGUCAAAGCGAUAGAAAAAUACUACCUCACACGGGCAGCCACCGCGCCAACAGACUACUCCGGGGCCGACAGCGAGAAAAACUACAAUGCUCGUACCCAAAGCCUCGAAGCUGCCCGCCGCGAAAGGGCGGAUUUGAUAAAGAAACUCCUCAUCAAGCAACUUGCUGCAAAACAUGAGGUAUCUGAGCGCGAGGCGAAACAGGUUGUACGGAGUCUGGUGCAUGAUGUUGAAAGCGUCCGCGAGCAGACGCAGCGGCAGGGACGGCGGGAGAAGGGACGGCGGAAGAAAAAGCAGAGAGAACAGAGGGACUACCAGAGAGAGGAUCCGAAGAGAUGGAAGUAG